AUGCGUUAUGAAACAAAUAACAUAGUUAAUGCGUUAAUAGAAAUUUCUGAUUCACCAAAUGCUGACGCAGGUCUUCGUCAUGAAGCUCAAUGUUUAGCCGAUAACCUAUGUGAAUUUGAAUUUCUUAUCUCACUUGUUGUUUGGUACGAUUUACUGUUUCAAAUCAAUGUAGCUAGUAAAUCAAUGCAAGGAAUCACUAUGGACAUAAUCACAGCCACUUCAAUUGUUAAAGGUUGUUUAAAUUAUAUUAUUUCUUAUCGAAAUACAGGAUAUUUUUCAUCUGCUAAAAAAAUUGCUGAAACUUUAAAUGUGGAAACAAGUUUCAAACCCAAAAGACAUAGACUAACUAAAAUACAAUUUCAAUAUGAAAGCUUAGACAAUUAUGAACCUACUCCAGAAGAGGAAUUUAAAAGAGAUUUUUUCUAUUGUCUUAUAGAUACAAGUAUAACAUCAAUACAGUCACGUUUUGAACAGUUGGAAUCUCAUAAAAAUACAUGGGGAUUCUUAUAUAAUAUUUAUGAUUUGCCUGAACAUGAUACUUUGGUAAAACAUUGUAUGGAUUUACAUAAUACACUUAAAAAUGAUAUCAACGGAGUAGAUUUAUGUGUUGAAUUAGAACAUAUUAAAACUCUAUUACCAAAAGAUGUAUCUUCUCCAAAAGCAGUAUUGGAAUAUAUGUUACAAUCUAAUACAUCUGAUCUCUUCCCAAACACCUGGAUACCCUUAAGAAUUUUAUUAACAAUUCCUGUUACUGUUGCUAGUGGUGAGAGAAGUUUUUCGAAAUUAAAACUUAUUAAAACGUAUCUGCGUUCGACAUUGGGAGACGAAAAAUUGACAUCUCUAGCAAUCCUUUCUAUUGAAAAUGAAAUAGCUCAAAGAAUGGAUUUCUCAGAAAUUAUUAAAAAUUUUGCGAAAUCAAAAGCAAGAAAAGUUUUUAUCAAGGCCUUAGGUAUCUUCUUUUUUUUGUUAAAAUAUAUAAAUAAAUAA